UUUUAAAUUUUAGUGUUGAAAUACAUUUCCUUAUCUGAAAAAGGAGAGCGGAACAAAAGAUAAAAGAAUAAAAUAAUUUCUCCCCAAAACCCUCAUUGUCGAACUGCUUUCUUCCAAAAACCCUGACCCUAAAUCAACACUACUUCCAUUAAUCCAUUUCGAAGUUCUCAUCCAAUGAUUUAAUAUAAAAUAAAAAGAAAAAUAUGAUGUUUGCAACCAAUAAUUUCUGUAAACAUUUUGAUCUCCCUUCUGUUUCCUUCAACAAAACCCAAUUUUUUUUUUCACACAAAAAUCCCUCUUCUUCAUUUAUUUGUUAUAAAAGGUUUGAGCUUCCAUUAAAAGGUCCCAACUUUUGCUCUAUUAACACCUUCCUUAAUCUAUCUAAUCCCAGAAAAACCUUUAUAUUUAAAACCCAUUGCAGUUCUGAUUCCAAAUUAGCAUCAACUGAAGAGAAUCAAGCUGAUGAAGUUGAAGAAGAUGAAGCAUUUAAGUUGUUUGAGAAAUUGAGGGAUGCAGAAAAGGAAAGGGUAAAGAAACAGGAAGAGUUAGAAAACAAAGCAAAUGUGCAAUUAGAGAGGCAGCUUGUAAUGGCCUCUGAAUGGAGCCGAAAGUUGUUGACUCUGCGUGGGAAGUUGAAAGGAACUGAGUGGGAUCCCGAGAACUCACAUAAGAUUGACUAUAGUGAAUUUUUACGCCUCCUAAACUCAAAGAAUGUCAAAUAUAUGGAGUACUCAAAUUUCGGUCAGACUGUGUCAGUGAUAUUGCCUUACUACAAAGAUGGAGAACAAUCCGAAGGAAACACGAAAAAGGAAGUUAUCUUCAAGCGUCACAUAGUUGACCGAAUGCCAAUUGACUGUUGGAAUGAUGUUUGGCAUAAGUUGCAUCAACAAUUGGUGAAUGUCGAUGUAAUUAAUGUGAACAGUGUGCCUGCACAAGUAUAUUCUUCCGUUGCAACGGCUGUUAUAUGGUCUAUGAGACUAGCCCUUGCCAUCGUAUUUUAUCUUUGGAUAGAUGGUAUAAUGAAGCCAAUUUACGCGAAGCUAAUCCCUUGUGAUUUGGGUAAACCUAGCAAAAAGACAAGGCAACCUCUUAAGCGCCGUGCAUUAGGUUCGUUGGGGAAGAGUCGGGCAAAAUUCAUCUCUGCAGAAGAAAAAACAGGAAUUACAUUCGAUGAUUUUGCUGGCCAAGAGUAUAUAAAACGAGAAUUGCAAGAGAUUGUGCGGAUCCUGAAAAACGAAGAAGAGUUUCAAAAUAAAGGAAUUUAUUGCCCUAAGGGCGUGUUGCUAUAUGGUCCGCCAGGAACGGGUAAAACAUUAUUAGCUAAAGCCAUUGCCGGAGAAGCAGGGCUUCCUUUCUUUGCUGCAAACGGGACUGAUUUUGUCGAGAUGUUUGUCGGUGUAGCAGCAUCUCGGGUGAAGGAUCUUUUUGCUAGUGCAAGAUCGUUUUCACCUUCUAUCAUCUUUAUCGAUGAGAUAGAUGCUAUCGGUAGCAAACGUGGUGGUCCUGAUAUUGGAGGUGGUGGGGCUGAAAGAGAACAAGGUUUGCUUCAAAUAUUAACCGAAAUGGACGGGUUCAAAGUUUCUACGUCAGAUGUGCUGGUAAUCGGAGCAACCAACAGACUAGAUAUUCUUGAUCCGGCCCUACUGAGAAAAGGAAGAUUCGACAAGAUUAUAAGAGUCGGGUUGCCCUCCAAAGACGGCAGGUUCGCCAUUUUGAAGGUACAUGCAAGAAACAAGUUUUUCCGUUCAGAGGAGGAAAAAGAAGUUCUAUUGCAGGAAAUAGCUGAACUUACCGAAGAUUUUACUGGAGCCGAACUACAGAAUAUUCUCAAUGAAGCUGGGAUUUUGACGGCUAGGAAAGAUCAAGACUAUAUUGGCCGAGAAGAACUGUUGGAAGCCUUGAAAAGGCAACAGGGCACAUUCGAAACUGGAAUAGAAGAUACGAAGGAGAUUCCCGAGGAACUGAAAUUGAGAUUAGCAUACAGAGAAGCAGCUAUUGCGGUCUUAGCUUGCUAUUUUCCCGACCCUUAUCGUCCUUUUGUUGAAACCAACAUUAAGUCUGUCCAAAGCCAGCCUAGUAUGCGUUAUGCAGAUGUUUCAGGUCGGGUUUUCAUGAAAAAAUCGGAUUAUAUAAACUCCAUUGUUCGAGCUUGUGCACCGAGGGUCAUUGAGGAGGAAAUUUUUGGGAUCGACAAUUUGUGCUGGAUCUCGUCCACAGCUACUCUUCAAGCGUCAAGAUUAGCUGAAUUCCUGAUUCUUCAAACAGGGAUGACGGCUUUUGGAAAAGCAUAUUACAGGAAUCAGCGGGAUCUUGUCCCGAAUCUUGCUCCCAAACUUGAAGCACUUAGAGAAGAAUACAUGCGUUUUGCGGUUGAGAAAUGUUCAUCGGUUUUGAGAGAACACUCUGCCGCUGUAGAGACGAUAACAGACGAACUUCUUAAUAAAGGAGAGAUUAACGCAGCGGAAAUUUGGAAAAUUUACGAAUCUUCUCCUCGAAUAUCUCAACCGGAUGUAGAUCCUGUUGAUGAAUACGGUGCUUUGAUAUAUGCCGGGAGAUGGGGUAUACAUGGAAUCAGUUGUCCCGGAAGGGUUACCUUUGCACCCGGUAAUGUAGGAUUUUCGACCUUUGGGGCACCUCGUCCCAUGGAAACGCAAAUUAUUAGUGAUGAAACAUGGAAGCUAGUAGAUGAUAUCUGGGAUAAAAGAGUUGAGGAGAUUAGAAACGAAAAUUUUAAGGAAGUCGAGGACGAAAAAGAGAGGCCCGAGCUCUUAAUGGCUAGUCACUUCCUAUAAUAUCAUGAAUCGCUAGUGAAAGACUUAUCAGUUGACUAGUGUCGCUUGUUUGCUCAUAAGAAUUCGCCAGUACGAGGCAUCAAACGUAGAUGCAGUGGAUGGUGAUUGAAGAUCCGUUUUUCGUGCAUCGACUGUUUCCGACGCAUGAGUAUGAUGAAUAAGAAGCUGCAUAUUGAGGCAAGUUUAGGCUCCCUGACCCUUGAAUUAUUUGUCUGUACUUCUAUUUUUGGGGCGGUGUUUCGUGUUCAUAAGUCGGAAUUCGGAAUAUACAUACUUGCAUUCAUUAUCAAAUUUUUGCUGUAACUUCCAUGAGCUUAAUACAUACUUUUUUGUGCUC